AUUUUUACAAUAUUUUACGGCGGUGGCGACGCCACGAAACACCUGGUGUAUGGUCCAUACACACGACCUUGCCCUGCAAAUCCUCUGGAGGUUUGGUGAGGCGAAUAAUCGUGCACAUAAUUGUCUUAGUACAUCUCAUAGCCCAUAACUCUGGCUCCUUGGCGCCGAAGAACAGUUGUCUUUCGCAUAGAGCUCCUUUUACGCGCAACCCUAAACGUACUUUGAGUUGUGUCACCAUAUACAUCAACCGCAAUAAACAGAAUGUUGAGGCUUGUCGCCGCAGUAUUUCCUCAUGCCGACCGCCUUGCGCCUCUUUGAGCAUUAUGGCGCGUGGUGCCUUGAAGCUGUAAAUUGUCAAGUGUCAUACAAAGAAUGAAGAAGGGAAAUGCAGGGGGAAAGCAGCUGCGGGUGCUGUCGCUGCUCCCAGGCGCCUCUGACAUUGUGCGUGCCCUUGACGCGGUCAAGCUGUUGGUGGGCCGAACGCACGAGUGCGACUGGCCCGAGCUCCAGUCCUUACCAGCCUGUACGUCCAAUAAACUAGGAGACAUGCCGCCUGCGGAAGUUGACCAAGCAAUGGGUGCCUGCAGCAGUGCGAUGCCCACGCUGGGCUGGGCGGGCGCCACUCCGGCCCUGCUGGAGAUGGGGCUGUCCCCGUACCGCACGGAUCUGGAUCUGCUGGCGCGCCUGAAGCCAGACGUCAUCCUGACGCAGAUGCAGGGCCUGGGCCCCGAGCUAAGCCCCGACCACUACCUGGCGGCGCUGGAGGCGCUGCUGGGGUACCGGCCGGCGGUGGUGCAGCUGGACGCGCUGGAGCUGCAGGGGGUGUGGAAGGACAUGCGCGCCGUGGCGGAGGGGCUGCGGCUGGGGAGCAAGGGCGCCGACACGAUAAAGGGGCUGCAGGCGCGGCUGGCGGCGGCAUCGGCAGCAGCACGCGGGCGGCAGCACCCACGUGUGGUGGUGGUGCAGUGGUCAGACCCGCUGUUCGCUGCCGGAGGAUGGGUGCCACAGCUGGUUGAGAUGGCGGGUGCACGAGACAUGUUGGGCAAGGUCGAAGAGGCAGUCACGUUCACGCCGCAGCAGCUGGCAGACGCCAAGCCGGAUGUUGUGGCGUUCGCGCUGUGCGGGUUUAGCCUGGCAGACUCGCAGCAGCUAGCGCAACAGGCGAUGCAGCAGCUGGUGGCGACGGGUGGCGGCGCUGUGGCGGCGGCGCUGGAGCAUGCGCGCAUUAUCGUGACGGACGGGCUUCACGUGUUCUCGCGGCCUGGGCCGUGGCUGGUGCAGUCGCUAGAGGUGUUGGUGGAGGCGCUGCAUGGGGAGGCGCAGGGCUAUGGACACGAGGGGCGGUUGUGGGCGCCGCUGGAGGGGCGGGGCAGGGGAGCUGCGACGGCGGCGGUGACGUAGCCCGCUUAAAGGACGAAGCACGGCAGAGUCCCUUUGUGUGGGGUGGGGCACGUGAUGGAGGUCCCGCAAAUAGGUGAAGCCCCCCGCCCCCACAAGGCUCAAGCCGUGGCAUUCAUGGGCACAUCGGCGUGGUGGGUUAGAAUGCGGUUCCAGCCCUCAUCGCCGCUGCCGCGUGAUGCGAAGGGGGAACAAGUGCCAGACCCCAACUCCCGACCCCCUGGAAGGGACGACCGCCCCCCCCCCGGGACAAAACCUUGUUAUUCAGGGGUAAAAACCCCCACAUGUAAUACCAGAAUAGU